GUUCAAGCAGUAGUCUACUAUGAACCGCUAGUCACUCAAAAAGACAAGUGAUGGAGCAGGCAUUUUAUAGAACACCUCUAUUAUCAUUUGAUACACGUUACUCUGCCUGAUUAAUUCGCAAAUCUCCGGGAGUCAGGAUAUUGCCGGUUCCAUUUUUCUUUGUGGUAUAUUUUCCUGUGAAAGGCUGCCUAUUUUACUUGACACCUUAUGUUUAUCUUGACGCAUAACAUAUGAACAACCUUUUGAGACCGUUGCUGAAAUUGCAUCUAGUGAAGGAACUCAAUUAUGCUGCAACAAUGGAAGAUUUUGUCUACUCCCUCCAAACUAAAUUCCUGACACUUAUUAUAGAUCGGAGGGAGUCUAAAAUUUUCCUCAAGAGUCGAUGCGAUGGUUGGGAAGUAAAUAAAUGGAAGACUUUGUUUACUUCCUCCGAACUAAAUACCCAACACUUAUUAUAGAUCAGAGGGAGCACUAAACUUUUCCUCAAGAGUCGAUGCGAUGGUUGGGAAGUAAAUAAAUGGAAGAUUUUGUCUACUCCCUCCGAACUAAAUCCCCGACACUUAUUAUAGAUCAGAGGGAGCACUAAUUUUUUUCGCAAAGUGUCAGUAUACUACCUAACCUUACCUUCCCUGCUGGACCCAUCUUCACCUAAUAUUUAGCUCUUUUGCCUGCAUUAUUGCCAACAAGUCUUCACCUAAUCUGUACUGGAAUACAUCAAUCUCUUUGUGCUCACAACUGAGACUCGGUUACAGCAAGAUGUCAGAAUUGCUGCUUCUCCCUGUGGUGCGAGGUGUGGCCAGCAAGGCUGCGAGCGCGCUCAUCCAGACCGUGACCCACAUGUGUGGCGUUGACGGUGACCGCUGCAAGCUGGAGCGCCAGUUGCUGGCCGUCCAGUGCAAGCUGACCGACGCCGAGGUGAAGAGCGAGACCAACCAGUAUGUCAAGAGGUGGAUGAUGGACUUCAGGACCGUCGCCUAUGAGGCCGACGACGUCCUAGAUGACUUCCAGUAUGAGGCUCUGCGCUCCCAGACCAAGAUCGGCGUGUCCAAGACACGCAAGGUACUUAUCCACUUCACGUCGGACAGCCCACUUCUCUUCCGUCUUACCAUGAGCAGGAAGCUGAGAAACGUCCUUGAGAAGAUCAAUGAACUUGUCGAAGAGAUGAACACGUUUGGCCUCCUGAACAGUGUGGAGCAGCCACAGGUUCCUUGUCGGCAGACACACGCAGCACUGAGUGAAUAUGCAGAGAUAUUUGGCAGGGACGCCGACAGGGAGUUGGUGGUGAAGCUUUUGCUUGACCAGCAAGAUAAUCAGAAGGUUCAGGUUCUGCCAAUCUUUGGGAUGGGAGGUUUGGGCAAGACGACUCUUGCCAAGAUGGUGUACAAUGACCACAGGGUCCAGCAACAUUUCCAGUUGAACAUGUGGCACUGUGUUUCAGAAAACUUCGAAGCUUGUUCUCUUGUGAAAUCGGUCAUUGAAUUGGCUACCAAAGGAGCAUGCAAUUUGCCAGAAACCAUUGAGCUGUUGCGAGUGCGUCUUCAGGAAGUCAUUGGUAAGAAAAGGUAUCUGCUUGUUCUUGAUGAUGUGUGGAAUGAAGAGGACAGAAAGUGGGAGGAUAAACUAAAGCCACUGCUAUGUUCUGUUGGUGGGAUGGGAAGUGUCAUAGUUGUCACAUGUCGAAGCAAGCGAGUGGCGUCCAUAAUGGGCACACUAGGACCUCAUAAGCUAUCAUGCCUGAGUGAUGAUGACUCAUGGGAACUGUUCUCAAAAAAAGCAUUUAGUAAUUGUGUAGAGGAGCAAACAGAAUUGGUAACCAUCGGUAGAUGUAUUGCCCAGAAAUGUAUGGGACUGCCUCUUGCUCUGAAGAUAAUGGGAGGUUUGAUGAGUUCAAAACAACAACUGCAUGAAUGGGAGGCAAUUGAGGAAAGCAACAUCGGAGAUAGUGUCCAAGGCAAAGAUGAAAUUAUGUCCAUACUAAAAGUAAGCUAUAAACACUUGUCAUCUGAAAUGAAACAAUGUUUUGCCUUGUGCGCACUUUUUCCGAAGGGCUAUGAGAUGGAGAAGGAUCUAUUGAUUCAACUUUGGAUGGCAAAUGGUUUUAUUCAGGACGAUGACACAACAAAGUUGACACAGAAGGGAGAAUCCAUUUUCUGUGAUUUGGUUUGUAGAUCCUUCUUCCAAGAAUUGAAAAUAAAGAAAUGGUAUUGCAUCGGUAACGACACAAGCUAUGAGGCAAUUGGAUGUAAAAUGCAUGAUUUAAUGCAUGACCUCGCAAAACAUGUUACAGACGAAUGUGCAACUGUAGAAGAACUGAUUCAGCAGAAAGGAUCGGUCAAACAUGUUCGUCACAUGACAACUUUAAAGUAUGAUGAAGAGGAGCAAAACAAUGGUGUGUUGAAAGACACUGUAUAUCUCCGCACCUUUUUAGAGCCAUUAAUAUUACCCAAGAAUCUUAAGGAGUUAAGACUGACAUCAUUAAGAGUGUUGCGUUGCUACAAUCCUUCUAUUAUCCAUAACCGGGUCAUAAGCGGAAAACAUUUAAGGUAUCUUGACCUUUCCAGGUCUGGCAUUGUCAGAUUGCCAGAUUCAAUAUGUGCGCUGUAUAACUUGCAAUGUUUGAGGCUCAAUGAUUGCUCGAUCCUACAACACUUACCAGAAGAUAUGAGUACUAUGAGGAAGCUGGUCCACCUUUAUCUUUUUGGAUGUGGUAGUUUGGAACGAAUGCCUCCAAAUAUUAAGCUACUGAGCAACCUUCGUACACUAACAAAUUUUGUUGUGGAUACUGAAGUUGGCCGUGGCAUUGAUGAGCUCGAAGAUCUGCACCGCCUUGGAAAGAGGUUGGAACUGUACAAUUUGAGAAAAAUAAAUAGUGAAAAUGAUGCAAAAAAAGCCAAUCUCCACCAAAAGCUGAAUAUAGUUGAACUGUUGAUGCAUUGGGGCCGCAGAAAAUAUGACAUGCCUGAAGAUGAGGCAUGUAAUGAGGAGCAAGUGUUGGAGUCUCUUACACCUCAUAGUAAACUCCAAAUUCUGGCGGUACAUGGAUAUGGUGGCCUCGAAAUAUCACACUGGAUGAGAGAGCCUGGGAUGUUUCAGUGUCUAAGAAAGUUAAAAAUGUCCAACUGUCCAAGAUGUAAGAAUAUACCUUUAGUAUGGCUGUCAACUUCUCUUGAGAAUUUGUUUCUUUAUGACAUGGGUAGCCUGACCACAUUAUGUAACAGUCUUCAUAUGGAAGGUGAAGGAUACAGUACCCCUGUUCAAAUUUUCCCAAUGUUAAAGGAAAUGACCUUACAUAAGUUGCCAAACUUGGAGGUAUGGGUAGAAACCAGUUUAACUGAUCCUAACAGGCUGGUACUGUUCCCGGUGCUUGAAUUGUUAAAAAUGAAGGAUUGCCCAAAACUUGUGAGUAUCCCAGACAGCCCCGUUCUAAAAGACCUGAACAUAACAAAUUGUUGCAGUCUUCCAGUGAGUUCACUCGCACAUCUAACAGCAUUGUGUGACCUCCAGUGCGAUGGAGAAGGUACUAUGUCUACAAACAUGCCUUUGGGAUUUUGGCCAUGUCUUGUCAGUUUAACGGUUUGGUCCCUCGCAAACAUGAUGAUGCUGCCUCCUGAGGAUCAGAAAACCCGAAAAAAUGCGGAAACCCUUCGGGUGUUGAAGCUUUGUGGUCCCAACUGCUUCAUCACAACAGUGGGACUGUCAAAAUCGCAACUUAGGCUUUGGAAAUGCUUUGCCUCUGUGGAAGAAUUGUGGCUUCAACAAUGCAGCAACCUUGUCCGUUGGCCAAUGGAGGAGUUCCAGAGCUUGGUUCGCCUCAGCUUUCUGCAUAUUUCUUUGUGUACCAACCUGGAAGGGAGGGGUUCAUCUUCUGAGGAGACCCUGCCGCUGCCCCAUCUGGAGAAGUUACAUAUUUGCCGAUGUCGUAGUUUACCGGAGCUUCCCAAGUUGCCUGCGUCCCUGGAGGAAUUGAAGAUUAGCCAGUGCAAAAAUCUUGUGGCACUACCUUCAAACCUUGGAGAUCUAACGAAGCUGACAGUUCUCUAUGUGGAUCGCUGCUAUGACCUGAAAGCUCUACCAGAUGGUAUGAAUCACCUUGCUUCUCUUGAGCAGUUGCAGAUUCAAGGCCCAGGUGGAGAGAAAUUCCAGCUGGGUCCCGUCCAGUGGCCCCCAGCCAUCAGAUCCCUGAUGAUAACUGGCUGCCCCGAGUUGCAAAGGCGUUGAGAGGGGGAGUAUUUCCACUUGGUCUCCUCUAUUGCGAUCAAAUGCAUUCAAGCACCAGAGUUCCAGCACGAAGAAACAGAAUCGAGUAUGAAAAAGUUUCUGAAGAGGCUCCUCCCAGCGUGUGCUGACCGCUGACUCUAACUCUGAUGCUGACGAGUACACUUCAGGGGCCUAUUCAUCGUUUUUCACAUAUUCCGUUCCUCUUCUUGUUUCGACCGCCAGGGCAGUUGUGCGGCAUUUACAUUUUGCUAACCACUGUGACGCUUUCCUGUUCUGGAACUUUUGCUUAGUCAUUUGCCCCUUGUAGUGCAUUAGGACUCUAUCCUCUAAAAUUUUAUUGUUACUGAACGUUCUGAUAUGAUAUUACAAGAUUACACAUUAUCUAAACUAGUCACCAGCUAGUUUUUUUUUUUUACUCAUAAUGGUCAAAUUGUUUUGGUAAAUUUCUGACUGCUUGUUUAAAUCUCAUUUUUCUUCCAUGCCUCACGACUCUGUGUCAAAGUUUGCUGCCGGUUACGACUUUAUUUACUAAGGUCAGCCAUAUGCCAUUUCUCUAUAACAGUCAACAUCGUAUUUUUGAUGUCGACGAUUCUAUGGGGGAAUGAUUGUUCAACUUACUCAUGUUCAUGGAUGGAGCACUGUUCGACAAAAAAAAUUUGUCCUCUGACUGACAGGCAUAAGACUUUCAGCAUGACACCCUAUUAAGCCGGUGGCAAAAUAAAAACUGUUGUGUUGGAUAAGGGGGAAAAAUGGUGGUUUGCCAGGGCAGGCGCAUGUGCCAGAGCGGGCCUGGCUAAUAAAAAUUGUUGUGUUGGAUGCGUUUCUGCGCUGCGCUAAUUUAUGAUGUACUUUUUCAGAAAUAAAAAACUUUGUUGAUUUGAUUUAUAGGAACCGCAUGCAGUUAUGGAGGAACCAUUCAAAAAAAUCGUGGAGGAAUCCUCUGUGAAUUGUUUGCAUGCUUUGUCGAAUUAUAUUUUUGUGUGUCUUGUCCAGGUGCUUUCAGAUGGACUUGUAUGCUUUAUUGCUCGUGCUUAUUCAAUUCAAGUAUAUAUCUGUGGGAUCUCCUCUGCCCAUCUUGAACUUUCAGAGAGAAAGAAAUGUGAAUGGCAGUUGAAGCAGUCGUCUACUAUGAACGGCUAGCUUGGUACUCAAAAAGACAA